UAUAGAAUGAAUUAUAUUCAUUCCGUUGAAUGUCAAUGGAAUUGGUUAAUUUUGGAAAACAUAAUUCCAAAUCUAACAAUUUAGCUUGAUUUUCGAUUAGAGUGACGUACAUAUAGUACCACGCUACAGUUCUGCUCUAAACAUUUUGACCGCCAUGCCUUGACGAAAAGAAUUCCACUUCUGUUGAACUCGCUACGUUUAGUUGAUAAACGUGUUAUCUAUCGUUUGACAGGACCUUCCUAAACAAAAGUGUCAAGAAGCAUUUAAAAAUGUCAGCUACAGAAACUACAGUUAUUUUUGCAAAGCUAGAGGCAUUGAAAGAUAUCAAGUCAAAAACUCUCCAACUAGAAAAAAUGAAGCAAAGAAUUUUGCAAGAAGUAGAACAGACUGAGCAAGAGGAAAAAUGUUUGUUACAGUACAAACAGGAAAUGGAUCUCCUUAUGCAAGAAAAAAUGGCACAUGUAGAAGAAUUACGACAAAUACAUGCGGAUAUAAAUGCGAUGGAAGGAGUUAUUAAACAAGCAGAAGAAGCUAGAAACAAAGCAAGAGAAACUGCAAAAUUAAUUCAUAAUAAUGAUUAUCAACCCCUAAAACAUGAUAUUGAUCGUAUGCGUAGAGAAUUUUUAGGAUUAGAAAGGUUACCAGAAUUAUAUGAAACAGAAUCUGACCUUAUCUCACCAGACUACUUUGAUCGUCCAAUGCAAAAAGCAGAAUGGAGAGUAGAAGUAAGAGGAGAAGAUUUAUUGCCCCCUCUUACAUUACACCAUCCUGGUCAUCCAGGUGGUUCCACACCUUUCCUUGCUCCUCAACCUCUUCAAGGUCCAAGUAAACCAGAACCGAGACCAUUACCACCAGCCCCAGGCCCACCUGCUCCAACAUUCAGGUACCACUGGCAACAACCACCCCCUAUGAAAUCAUGUUUAUCGUGUCACCAACAAAUUCAUAGAAAUGCACCAAUCUGUCCCCUUUGUAAAGCUAAAUCUCGAUCACGUAAUCCCAAGAAGCCAAAGAAAAAAGACUAAUCUUAAUAAUAAGUACUAUUUAUAU